ACAGGAAAACAACAUGAGCCUUUUGUGGUGGAUGCAUCACAUUUGUUAUAAUUGUGAAGCAAGUGAGUGUAAUCUGCCGGUUAUCAGCGUGAACCUGUUGUCAGUUAAUAGCUGCUACACAGUAGAUACAGCUUCCGUCUGACCGCAAGUCAGUCAGGGUUCACUAUGCUGUACAGCGUGUAUCUGCCUGUGUAGUUCCUUAUUCCUCACAUCUCUGAAACCAGCAUCUUUAAUCCAUCUCUUGUGUGGGAUAGUCCAGGUGGGAAUCCGUGUUAAAUACACAAUAUAUGACUCAGGCAGCGGUAUGCAUUAUUGGUCGGAUUGGUAGCUUACAGAAACAUUCGCUUUCCCCGACUGCCUAUUGUAUUGGGUGAUUGCUGUGUACUGGAAUGCUUUGUUUUGCUCUGCCUUGGUGCGUCUCACCUCUGGCGGUGUAAACACACCAGUGUUGUAUCACUACCAGGCUAUGGUUACAUGCAGUCAGUGUUCACAGUUAGCACUUCAUUAAGUGGUCAGGUCAUCUCGUGGUGUUGGAGUUAACAAAUGAAAGGACUGCUUGUUUAAUGACAACUCGGCAAAUGUUAUGCUAUGUCAUAUUGGUAGCUGUCUUAAGACAGAACUUAUUGCCAGACUUGGUCUGAGAGUGAGAGAAGAAAACCACGGCUGACUCCUAGAUUACACAGCUCUAUAACACCGAUGGAUCGUAACAUGUUCAGCCAGAUUGCCCAGAUAACUGACCACCUGUUUCUGAGCAGUGCGGCUGCGGUCAGUGGGGAGAGAGUCCGCGGUCUGAGCAUCACCCACAUCAUCAACUGCACCAUGGACAUCCCCAACCUGCACGUGCCCGGCGUCGACUGCAUCCAGAUCCACGUGGACGACCUGCCCAGCGCCAACCUCAGCCUCUACUUCGACAGCGUCAGUGACAAGAUUGCACAGAUCCACCAACGCGGCGGCAAAACUCUGGUGCACUGUGUGGCCGGCGUCAGUCGCUCAGCCAGUCUGUGUAUCGCAUACCUCAUGAAGUAUUACCACAAGACACUGGAGGACGCGUACAGGCAUGUCAAACAGAAGCGUUCGGUGAUUUACCCGAACUUCGGCUUCUGGCGGCAGCUCAUAGAUUACGAACGCCGUUUGUUCCGGACAAAUUCUGUGAAGAUGGUCCAGUCGAAUAUAGGCUGGAUCCCGGACGUGUUGGAGAAAGAGACUCGCAACAUGGUGUGGUUUUCUGGACCCAAGUCAUCAUCCUACCGGUAUUCGUCGAGGACUGGGCGCUUUUGAUACUAGUGAAAUACUUAGGUUCUUUGACUCACAUCUUUAAUAUGUGGUUUAUUUAUUUAUGUAUAGAUUGCUGUUUGUUCUGCAAACAGGAUGAAACAGUGGGAACUGUUCAUAAAGGUAUGACAGUGUCUGUAUAUAUACACAGCCUGUAUGCAAACAGAACAGUAGGUACCGUGUUUGGCACUGAACAGUAUUUUAACAUCCAUGUAUACACUGUGACAAUUAAGUUUUAUUUUUAAGGUCUCUUCUAAAUUUAUAUGCCAACAUUAUACUAUAUUUGGAAGAAAAAUGUCAGUUUUAAAGUUAGACAUGCAAAUAUUAUGAGACCUGGGUCCUAUGUUUGGCACUCUGAGAAUGGUAGUGUUAAUAAAGUCUGUCCUAGACUGGUUUGUCCUAAACAGUGCUAUUGUUUGCCAGCAGAUCAAGAUUUAUAGCACUUGUUCUUCACUAGUUUAUUCAUAACGCAGUAGGAGACGGUAGUAGCCUACUGUGUGUGGCAACAAUGCACUGUUUAUAAAACCUGUCCUACACUAAUAUAUGUAUGGAUAGGAGACCAUAGUACGGUACUGUGCUAGACAGAAGGGCACUGUUUAUAAAGUUUGUCCUAGAGUGCUUUAUAUACAUGAAAAUAAAAAUGAAGAAACAA